GACGCUGGCUUUCCGGCGGCGGGAGAAGGCUGUCGUGGGAUGCGGGUCGGGUUCGGGAUACAGCUGUAGCGUCGUGGACGGGCCGCGGCCUGCUGUCGCCCUCCGGGGGAGGCCCGGAGACAGCUGCAUCGCGUCUGGGCGGCUUUGUAAAGGGAUCGAGCCAGGUAACUAACCGAGAGCUCCUGGUGCUCUGUGUGGAAAGAGUAGCUUUCAAGUCUCUGCUGGGAUUUGUGUAGGUUGUUCCUUUGCCAUAGGGAAGGUCUUUGAUAAAGAUGGUAAAAGCACCGGUCCCAUGACUGUUCCCUGGGGGACACCACUCAUCACCAGCCUCCACCUGGACAUAGAGAUGCUGACUGCAAUCUUCUGGCUGUGACCAUCUGAACAAUUCCUUACCCACUGAAUAGUCCACACUUCUCUCUCCAAUUUAGAGAUAAGGAUGUGGUGUGGGAUCAUAUCAAAGGCUUUGCAGAAAUCCAGAUGCCUCAUUGUUAGAUGCCAGACCAGUCAUCUGUGCCAAGCUGCAACCAAAAUGACUAAGUACAAGCUUGUUCUCCUGAGGCAUGGGGAAGGAGCCUGGAACAAGGAGAAUCGCUUCUGCAGCUGGGUGGAUCAGAAACUGAGCAGUGAUGGAAUAAAAGAAGCUCAAAAUUGUGGCAGACAGCUUAAAGCUCUGGGCUUUGAGUUCGACCUUGUCUUCACCUCUGUACUCAGCCGCUCCAUCCAGACUGCAUGGCUGGUCCUGGAAGAAAUGGGCCAGGAAUGGGUCCCCAUUCAGAGUUCUUGGAGACUGAAUGAACGCCACUAUGGUGCAUUGAUUGGUCUCAACAGAGCAGAAAUGGCUCUGAAUCAUGGAGAAGAGCAAGUGAAAAUAUGGAGGAGAAGCUAUGAUGUUACUCCACCUCCCAUAACUGAAUCACAUCCCUACUAUGAAGAGAUAUACAAUGACCGUCGAUACAAAUUCACUGAUGUCUCUCAGGAUAACCUUCCAAAGGCUGAAAGUCUAAAAGAUGUUCUUGAUAGACUCCUUCCCUAUUGGAAUGAAAAGAUAGUGCCAGAACUCAGAAGUGGUAAAAUGAUCCUUAUAUCUGCUCACGGCAACAGCAGCAGGGCACUGCUCAAGCAUUUGGAAGGCAUCUCCGACAAGGACAUCAUGAAUGUUACUCUCCCCACUGGUGUGCCCGUACUUCUUGAACUCGAUGAGAAUCUGCGUCCUCUGGGCCCUCACCAGUUUCUGGGUGAUCAGGAAGCUAUCCAAGCUGCCAUCAAAAAAGUGGAAGAUCAAGGGAAAGUAAAAUCUGCUGAGAAGUAAAAUCGUGAAAGUUACUUUUGAAGUGUGUGGUAGUUAAGUGAUUUAUUUAUGACUGCUAGGUUGCACUGUGUGAAAAUCUCAAUUUCAAGCACUAAGUAAUUAGAAGGGGCAGUUGUUGAGUCUGUUUGGCAGGUGAACCCUCUGCCUUUCAAAAACUGGAUUUCAGAUCUCAGCGUGAGAUUAUGGAUACGCAAAAGGAAAUACCAUCAUUCAGGUAAUGGAAACUUGCAGGGCAGUCUCACUCAGAUCUAGGUUUGAUGGUGGUACAGGAAUGGAAAUAAAGGGGUCUGUUAUUGCCAUUUACUAGACCUGAUCUGUUAGUGUUAGUGGGGAAGAAAGCAAUGUACAGCAUCAUCUUACAGGACUACUAAGUCCAGGUUGUUACAGGUAUUAACAACGUUUUUCACUGACAGAAUGACAUGAUUUUUCUAUCAACUGCCAUGCCAACUUUUUUUCUGUAUAAAUUCUUUCAGUCUUUCCAAACACUUUUUAUUGUACACUCUUCUUUCUCUUAUUCGAAGGUUCCCCAAGCCAGUUCAUGGUCCAGAGGUGAAUUUUAUAGAGAUGCUUGGACUGUUAGAGCUACUGCAAUCUUUUAUUACACUGUCAUUCAAUUUUUAAGGAAUCUAGAAGAUAUCCCUCUUUCUGCAUUGUCUUUGCACAACAUUGCACAACUGUGUUUUGUUGGUUUGCAGUAAUGGGAUUUAAUUCAAACUUUAACUGCAAACUAAGCACAAGUUUUCCUGCUCAAUGUUUAAAUUAUAUCUUAGCCCCGGUAAGCAACCUUAACAGUUCUGGAACAUAAACAUGUACUAGAGAUUUGAGAAACUUGUUAGAAUUGUUUCUUUUUUUUUCCUCAGUAAAACUGGAAAUAUGAAGCCUCUUUCUAAGCUUUUCUGAGUUGGAAAGAACAGACAAAUCUGUUCUACAGUAAUACUGCUGUGGUACUGUUGGUAGACCUCUCUGGGCAGAAAUGCUGCAUAGGACAUGUAAGGUGUAUUACUAAAUGAAGCUCAUGUAACUAUCAAGCUUAGCAGUGAAGGAUGUUCUACAGUGUCUGAAAGUGUUUUCCUAUAAAGCUCUCCUCACACUCAGCUUGAUUCCUGUUGAGUGUGACUAGUGCUUUGGUACUAAGCUUGAACUGUGAGUGUACCGUAGUGUGUUCCAGCAUUGAGAUGAUUUCAAAUUUGAGAGUGAAUUUGAGGCUGUUGUUACUUUAAUUUAAAUAUGACACAGUUAUUCAACAUCUGACCUCAAUUACCAGCAUCAGUAGCACUUGUGUAUGCAGUAUUUGAGCUGAACGUGUUUUCAGCAUGGUCCAGCUACAAAUCUCAAAAAUUUAAUAAGUUUUUUUUGGUAUGAUAGUAUACACUUUCUAAAAACCUUAGAGUAACUUCUUUUUGCAGUGAGCAGCUUAGUAGCUAAUUUUGUAGGUGUGAAAAUGGCUUUUCCUCUGAGGAGAGCAGUGUGACAAUUUAUACUUGUGACACAAACUGGAAGGAGUCUUUCCAGGUCAGAUACCAGCUCAUGUUUAUGUGACAGGAGCUCCGUGAAAAAUGUUUUUACUAGAUGGUACUUUCUCUUACAUGAACAAUGCUUGGGCUUUUCUUGGGUUUUGUUUUAGUAGCCCUUGCAACAGGAACAAAGUUACUUGUUUGUUAUUUCUUAAGAAUAAAGCUGGUAGUAAACAUAAAGCUGAUAGGUUUCUUUUUCCUUCGUACAACCCAGAAUAUUCAUCUCGUUUUCUUUGAAACCCUGUUAGCAGCUUUCCUACUACUAUAUUUGUGACACUGCUUGACUUUAUGGUUUUUUAGCUUUCUGUGCAUAGUGACUCAGUCUUAAUUGAUAGUUGGUAUUGAGGAGUUACAUUGUUGAUGACAAAACAUACUUGUCAAUGCAAUGAGGGAGGACUGCUGGCACUGAUAAGAUUUUUCACUAGACAUGCAAUUAUGUUCAUUACCAAGAAAAAAAUUACUUUAGAUUUGUUAACAAGACAAGCCUAGCCACAUGUCAUCAGUGGUAGCAGCACGUGUCAGGAUGUGGGCUUAGAAAGCAUGAUCAUGUGCCCAUAUUCUCUUGGUGUUGUGGUGUUGUGAUGUUGGACUUCUUGAGGACUUGAGACACAGGUGGAAUCUAUGUGGAAACAAAUCCAGCUGAACUGGGAGAUGCUCUCUAACACAAGAGCACUGAUGUCUGAUCUCUUCUGGGCUUGCAGUGGGGAAUGGAAAGGUAAGUAUAAAGAACAUUCAUGUUUCUGCACCUGAAGUGAUGCAAUUGACUGAAAACAGCCUUUCGGAGCUUUGGAUGGUCAGGAAAAAGCAAUGCAAUGCUUUCAGGUGGCACUAUUUCUGUAGUGCUUCUUGAGACAGGAAUGGUGCUUGUGCCCUGGGAGGUUGGACUUCAUUUGCUUUGACUGUGACUCCAAAGAUGACAGGAUUUGGUAUGCACAUCUGGCAGCAAUACCACCUCACAAAAGUACUGGAUGGAACCAGCUGGAGAUUUCAUUCAUCUUGAAGACUUUGAUCUUCAAGAUGAAUUUUAACACCUUGCAGUACUUGUUUCUAAGUAGCCUUGUAAUUAUGGAUGUUCUAUGAAUUAAAUUUAUAUUGAAAAUAAACCAGCUUUCGGCAGUUGCAUUAGGAAAAAUGUCUGGCCUUCGGGCAUAACUACAUUAGAAGGAAAGAGAAUCUUGCUGCUGGUGGCUUUAUAAAUUGGUGGGUGGAAAACAUUUUUCUCCAUACUUGAAUAUGCAUCGGUGUCUCGAAGUCUUGUAAGGGUAACCAGCGUCUCUACAGUUGACAUCAUGGAUGUGGUUGAUUUGGAUUUUCUCACACAUUUUAACUUGUGGUUCAGUAGCAAGUAGCUCUAGAAUUCUCUUGAAAACCUUUUGUAAAUAUGGUGGAGCUGAUAGGUUCUUUAUAACUCAAUAAAUGCACCUGAAAUGGAA